AAUUUGACGUCACACCGGGGUCCUCUAUGAACUACCGUCUCCACGUGAGUUUAUCAACAUGGUGUGUAGCAUGUAGCCCAUGGCAGCCGCAAACAUAACCUGCUAGUUAUUAUAAAGUGAAUAUAUCUCUGAGAAGUUUAUUCAAGAAAUACGAUGGCGACGGUCCGUAAGAAGGUAGACAACCGGAUUCGGGUCCAGAUCGAGAAUGGAGUCGCUCUUCAGCACCGAACCAUGUUUGUGGUGGUGGGAGACCGAGGGAGAGACCAGGUGGUGAUCCUCCAUCACAUGCUGUCCAAAGCCGCCGUCAGAGCGCGACCCUCAGUCCUUUGGUGCUACAAGAAAGACCUUGGAUUUAGCAGCAAUCGGAAGAAACGGAUGAGGCAGCUGCAGAAGAAGAUCAAAACUGGAACACUGAACCUGAAUCAGGACGAUCCGUUCGAGCUUUUCGUCGCUGCAACCAACAUCCGUUACUGUUACUACAACGAGACCCAUAAGAUCCUGGGAAACACCUACGGCAUGUGUGUUCUACAGGAUUUUGAAGCGCUCACCCCUAACCUCUUGGCCCGGACUAUUGAGACGGUGGAAGGAGGAGGAAUCGUGGUGAUUCUCCUCAGGACCAUGAACUCUCUGAAGCAGCUCUACACAAUGACCAUGGAUGUUCACUCCCGAUACAGGACUGAGGCUCAUCAGGAUGUAGUCGGCAGGUUCAACGAGAGAUUCAUCCUGUCCCUUUCAUCUUGUAAAAACUUCGUGGUCAUCGAUGACCAGCUCAACAUCCUGCCCAUUUCCAGCCAUAUGGCCAACAUCAAGCCCGUCCCUCCAAAGACUCAGGAGGACGGUUUAUCUCCCAGAGAGCAGGAGCUGAAGGACAUUAAGGAAUCUCUGCAAGACACCCAGCCUGUCGGCGUGUUGGUGGAUUGCUGCAGGACCAUGGAUCAGGCGAAGGCUGUGCUGAAGUUUAUUGAAGCCGUUUCAGAGAAGACCCUGAGGAGCACCGUUGCUCUCACCGCCGCCCGAGGGCGAGGGAAAUCUGCUGCGAUGGGACUGGCUGUUGCAGGCGCUGUGGCUUUCGGCUACUCCAACAUCUUUGUAACGUCCCCGAGCCCCGACAACCUCCACACCAUGUUCGAGUUCAUCUUUAAAGGCUUUGAUGCUCUGCAGUAUCAGGAGCAUCUUGACUAUGAGAUCAUUCAGUCUCUAAAUCCUGAAUUCAACAAGGCAGUAGUGCGAGUGAACAUCUUCAAAGAGCAUCGGCAGACGAUUCAGUACAUCCAUCCUGGAGAUGCAGUGAAACUGGGCCAGGCGGAGCUGCUGGUCAUCGACGAGGCUGCAGCCAUUCCUCUUCCUCUUGUUAAGAACCUUCUGGGACCGUACCUGGUGUUCAUGGCCUCCACCAUCAAUGGGUAUGAAGGCACCGGACGCUCUCUUUCUCUAAAGCUGAUCCAGCAGCUGAGGCAGCAGAGUGCAGAGAGUCAGCAGAACCUGUCAGCAGAGAACCGGAGCACCAACACAGCAAGACUGGCAGCAGCUCGCACUCUGCACGAGGUUUCCCUCCACGAGUCCAUUCGUUACGCCCCUGGUGAUCCGGUGGAGAGGUGGUUAAAUGAACUCCUCUGUCUCGAUUGUCUCAACAUUCCCAGACUCAUUUCUGGCUGCCCGCUGCCACAGGCCUGUGAACUAUAUUAUGUAAACAGAGACACGCUGUUCUGCUAUCACAAGGCGUCUGAGGCCUUCCUACAGAGGCUGAUGGCUCUCUAUGUGGCGUCCCACUACAAGAAUUCGCCUAACGACCUGCAGCUGCUGUCGGACGCUCCGGCCCAUCACCUCUUCUGCCUCCUGCCGCCUGUUCCUCCCACACAGAACUCUCUACCUGAAGUCCUCGCUGUGGUGCAGGUUUGUCUUGAGGGAGAAAUUUCCAGGCAGUCGAUCCUCAACAGUCUGUCUAGAGGGAAGAAGGCGUCUGGAGACCUUAUUCCCUGGACUGUAUCGGAGCAGUUCCAAGACCCAGACUUUGGCAGCCUGUCGGGGGGCCGAGUGGUUCGCAUUGCUGUCAAUCCAGACUACCAAGGGAUGGGUUACGGCUCCAGAGCUCUGCAGCAGCUGCAGAUGUACUACGAAGGCAAGUUUCCCACCAUGGAUGAGAGCGUGCAGCCGGCCAGCACCCAGAUCACCUCUGUCAGCAGCGAGGCGGUCAGUCUGCUGGAGGAGGUGGUGACUCCUCGGAAAGAGCUUCCUCCUCUGCUGCUGAAGCUCAGUGAGAGAAGAGCCGAGAGGCUGGACUAUCUGGGAGUUUCCUAUGGACUCACAGCUCAACUGCUCAAGUUCUGGAAGAAAGCAGGUUACACUCCGGUCUACCUAAGACAAACACCUAACGAGCUGACGGGGGAGCACUCCUGUGUGAUGCUGAAGGAGCUGAGCACGGAGGAGGCUUCAGAGCAGAGCCUGUGGCUGGCUGCUUUCUGGAAAGAUUUCCGCAGGCGCUUCCUGUCGCUGCUCUCCUACCAGUUCAGCAGCUUUCAUCCCAGCCUGGCGCUCAACAUUCUGCAGAAUAAGAAGUUAAAGGAGGAGGCAAAACCUCUGAGCAGCUCUGAGCUGGCGGCCCACUUCACCCCGUAUGACCUGAAACGGCUGGAGCUGUAUUCCAGGAGCAUGGUGGACUACCACCUCAUCAUGGACCUGAUCCCGACCGUCGCUCGCGUCUACUUCCUCAAGCAGCUGGGCGACGUCUCCCUCUCAGCAGCACAGUGUGCGCUGCUGCUGGGAAUCGGACUGCAGCACAAAUCUGUUGAGCAGCUAGAGAAAGAAAUCGAGCUGCCGAGCUCUCAGCUCAUGGGUCUCUUCAACCGUCUCAUCCGUAAAUUUGUGCAAGUUUUCACCAACAUCCAGGAAAAGGCCAUCGAAGCUGAGAUGGUUUCUACUAAAGACGUCAGCAUGGAGCCGACCGUCAGGAGCCUCAGUGAAGAUCUGACCGAAGCUGCCAAAGAGUUUGAGGACCGACGAAAAAAGGAUCUGGAGAAAGUGAAAGAAAUGCACCUGGAAGAGUACAAGAUCCGUGGAGACGACGAAGAGUGGGACCAGGUACUGAAGAAGGCGGGGAGCACGGCUGUCGUCAGCAUCAAAAGUGACAAGAAGAGGAAAUGGGAAGGAGGAAACGCCGUAACGAGUAAUGGGGAUGAGAAGCAGAAGAAGGAAAUGAAACAUGGAAAGUUCAAGAAACACAAGAACAAACCUGGCAAAUUUGGAAAGAAGGCUUGAUGGAUGCAGACGGACGGACGGACGUGUAGAAAUGUUUGUCUGAUGAUAAAAAUUCACUUUUAUUUUUCUCCUCAGUGCUGAGAUAAUCUGUACGACGUUGUAAAUCGGCAAAAAAAAUGACACAUCUGCUCAAUGUAUUAAACAUCUUUUAUAUUUAA